GAAAAGGAAAAGUUGUACACGCUUUGGAAAGUGGGAAGGAACAGGCGCAGAGCAGAGUUAGGUUGGAUGGAUUAGAUUCACCUUCUGCUCUCUCUUCCUUCUAUUUCAGACUUCUCCCUUUCUCUCUCUCCCCCCUCCCCUCCCUUCAUCGUCAAGACGAAUACCAGCCUUAUGAAUAUUUACUCCUAUGAAUUACUGUGUAUCCGCCCUCUCUUCUGAUAACUCCUCCGAUGAAACUCCGCCGCUUCCAGUGAGCAAUAUGGCGUAUAUACGACCACUAAAGAAGAACCUCCGUUUUCUCUUGAGGGGAUUCGUUGCCUCAAUUGCGGAGCCGGAGCUGCCUCGCGCGAUUGUUUGCUUGACGGUUGACUUCCCUCGCCAUGUUUCCUUGCCUCCUCGCCGCAGCUGCCAGGUUGGGAUCUGCAAGUGCGGUAGGCGAAGGACUCAUAAAGUCUUGGAUGCUGACCAGCUGAACAAGGAAAAAGAACCAGGAAAGAAGAAGGUAGGGAAGCACGGAAAGAAGGUGAAAGAGACCUCACCUUCGCCUACCGCACUUGCAGAUCCCAACCUGGCAGCUGCGGCGAGGAGGCAAGGAAACAUGGCGAGGGAAGUCAACCGUCAGGCAAACAAUCGCGCGAGGCAGCUCCGGCUCCGCAAUUGAGUCAACGAAUCCUAGAGUGCAUCCUUAUGGUUUCAGAAUGUUUACUUACCUGUCAAAAUAAGAUACUCGAUUCACUACUCAAAUGCAUACACAAAGCAUUAACAUUGCUAUAGUUCAUCAUGUGUUUGAGAGACAGAUAGAAGGGGUAUGAAAGAUGUUAAGAGAGAUUAACAUUUGUUUUCAAAGUUUCACUUUUAACAAUAUAUAUAUAUAUAUGGUUUAGAGAUCCAGAAACAGUGAAUUAACAAACAAUCCAUGAGAACAUGGAGAACAACCAUAAAAAAGACUAGACCUUCACACGACAAAAUAUUAGACACAGAAUACGAAUUAACAAACAACAUAUGGUAUUGCAAAUGUAAGAUCUGGAUACAAGGAUGUCACAAUAGAGAGACAGAGGCCUAGAUCUCAUUGCAGGAAAUAUACGCACCAAUGUUUAAGACCACAUUGAACACUCAGAUCCACAGAUCUAUUCCUCUACCAAAGAAUGAGAGAUGUUUAGAUCGGUUCCCCAGAACAUAAAUCGCAACCAAAGGAUCCAGAAUAGAGAAGGGAUUGAUCUACCAAUAAAAAAACAGAGUAGAUAACGAAGAUCUGGGACAUACUCUUGAAAGUUUAAAGCUUUUCAUAUGACCAUGAGUUGUUUGGUCCAUUUGAUUGAGAUUUUGUUUAAAAAAAAUUAAAGCUUUUCAACGGAAAUCCAUUUCUGUAGACCAAAGACAGCAGAAGAUGCGCAUAUAGAGAAGUAUGAACUUACCCCUCAAGAGAAGGCGCGGUCUUAAACACAAUGCUUAUAGAUCAUUAUGUUUAACCCUUGUCUAUAUGUACACAUAAUACUAUCUGACCAUGCAUG